UCCUUGUAAGGAAUCUGACUACCUCACAGAAAGUAAUUGGUAUGAAAUACACAAACAGAAAGAGAGAGAGAAGAAUCUAAUUGAAUUCAAUAAAAGUGAAGUUGAAGUUUUUCAAUUCCAACAAUUGAGCACCUAAAUCGACAAUGGCGUACACACAAGAACAAGAACAAGAACUUACAAAGGUUGUGUUGGUUCUUCGCCCACCAAUUGUUUUCAGUGACUAUGGAAAACAUUUCUUAGAAAAGUUCCAUUUGCUGAAAGCAUGGGAAUCUCUGAUGCCCACUGAACAAUUCCUCGCAACCCAUACCAGUUCAGUGCAAGCUAUGCUCUGCUCCGGCAACACUCCGAUCCCCGCCGAAGUCCUCCGCCUCCUCCCGUUUCUCAAGGGCAUCGUCACCACUAGUGUCGGCCUUAACCAGAUCGACUUGCCGGACUGUCGCUGCAGGGGAAUCUCCGUUGCCAACAUCAAAAUAGUCUACUCGGUUGAUGUGGCCGACAUAGCGGUCGGACUGUUGAUUGAUGUUUUGAGAAAAAUCACGGCCGGUGAUCGGUAUGUUCGUGGUAGGCUUUGGCCGAACCAAGGAGAGAAUACCCUCUUUCCGAGUCUCUCUAUACAUAUAUGUACUGUAUAUGUAUCACACAUCUGA